AUGGCGGCGUACGCGCUUGUUGCGCUUCUUGUGCUUUUUCUUGUUCCGCUGUGCCGGACGCUCGCGGUUGUGGCGACGGAACCGAGCGGCACCGCCUGGAGAAACAGCAGCGGCGGCAGCAGCGGCGGCGGUGGCGGACCGGAAGUGAUGAGGGGCUUCUCGGUUGACUCGGCCAUGGUCCAGCGAGCUUUGUACGUGCUCGUCGCCAUCAGCGCCUUUGGACUUCUCUACUUCCUCGUCAGGGCCGUGCGCGUGAAGAAGCCGUCCCACAGGAAGAAGUACGGCGUGCUGGCUCACUCCGAGGACGCCGUGGAGCUGACGGCGGCCGCCGCCAGCGACGACGACGACGACACGCUCUACGAAGCUCGCUCCCUCCGCAGGUCAGAGGUCACAUCAUGACGCCGCACGGCCCACAUCACUCUGACCUUUGACCCCAAACCACGUGUGUGUUCAGAUGAGUGCGGCGGCGAAGAUGAUUGACGGCGGACGACUUUUUGGUCACCAUCACUUUUCUUUCCUUUAUUUUCAUUGUUUUUUUUUUGUGUUCUAUUGUAAUUUUUGCAAUUGUUUUAAUUUAUUUUCUAAAUUAGUUUUAUUUUGUAUGUCUUUAACUUUUUUCAUUUUUUUGCUGCUGUUGUUUUUCCAAAGAGGAGCCGGAACCGGCGGACUGUCACAGCUCGUGAUCGGUCUAACCACAUUUGCCCGUCUCGGUGACGAGCAUUAUGGCUAAUGUGGACUACGUAUUUUUAUUUCACUUUUUUUUUUUUUUUUUUUUUUUACUGGGGGGAGGGUUCAUGGUGACGGGUGUAAUACUGACAUUAAAGCAGCAGGUGUCAUUUGGACCAAAAUGUUAAUGUCAAUUAAAAGGAUACCUUUGUAUUCUUCAACAUUCUUUUUUUUUUUCCUUUUUCAUAUUUGUAGACCACAGAUGUCAUGUUUAUCAAUAAUAACACGUUUAGACAGUUUGGCAGUGUCUAGAAGAUUCAUAUUUUAUGUGUGGAUCAUUUUCAUAUUUGCUUAAUAAUGGUAGAGACACUUGUAUAUUAAAAAAAAAUAAUUCUU